GCUUACUCCGGUCACCGGAAUCGGUCCGGGUCGAUAUGCUCGUUCAGACUGCGGCCGGCUAGGAUGUGAUGAGUCAAUCACCCUGUAUAGGGGACUUUUCCAACCAUGAGGGAUCCCAUUGAUCAACUUUGGAGAUAAAAUGUUGUACCUCGGCAAACACACCAAAUUUCCAUAAAUGUGAGGGACAAUCGGACGCCCACACGAUGGAGGAACAAAAGUCUACCGGAAAAAUGAAGGAAACAUGUUAUCUGUUCAAUACUUUCACGGACGCCUCGCUCGAAAAGCUCUAUCAGAGUUUCAGCGUGAAACAGAAGAGGGCGGGACUGGAGUGCUUCCUUAUCACUGCCCUAUUGUUCGACAUCUACAUGUUAGUGGUACCCAGUGGCCAGGACUUCCUCACCUAUGGCUUCAUGGGCCUCUUCCUGGUCCUAAACGCCUCCCUUUUCGUCUGGUGCAGGGGCGGCUUCAAAAGUAAAAUCCUCUGGGCAGCUGUGGCCCACGUGAGCUGGCACAUAGCCAACGCUCAGGUGCUGGCUGCUCUCUUUCUCCAGAAGAAUGAGGUCACGUCCAGGGACAGUCUGGGAUGGGUCCUCCUCCUCGACUACCUGAUUUAUGUCACCUUGCCCAUACGACUGCGGUACUGCAUCAUCCUGAGCGUGGGCACAUGCGCUUCCUACAUCGCAGCGCUCGUCGGGCUGUCCAAGUCGGAUUUGCAUUUCUAUCAGCAGCACCUGUCAAAUUGCAUCUUGCUAGCGACGGCCAAUCUGCUAGGACUUACAUCCUUUCUGGUCGAGGACAAGCAACAAAGAAGGGCAUUUCUUGAAACCAGGCAGUCCUUGGAGGUGAAGCUUGUCAUAGAGGAGCAAAGUGCUGAACAGGAAAGGCUUCUACUUUCUGUACUACCCGAACAUGUUGCAGUCCAGAUGAGGAAAGACUUGGACUCCACAGACAGCCAGUUCAAAAAAAUAUACAUGAGCAGACACGAAAAUGUCAGUAUUCUGUAUGCAGACAUCGUUGGAUUCACUGCGAUUUCUUCAACUUAUUCUGCUCAAGAGUUGGUGAAAAUGUUGAACGAACUUUUCGCAAGAUUCGACAAACUUGCCGAGAAAUACCAGCAACUAAGGAUAAAAAUUCUGGGGGAUUGUUACUACUGCAUAAGUGGCGCUCCUAAGGAGAGGAGAGACCAUGCUGUACUGUGUGUUCAUAUGGGGCUAUCCAUGGUGAAAGCUAUCAAAUACGUCCAGCAAACGGCGAAUUCCCCUGUAGACAUGCGGGUAGGGAUCCACACAGGAGCCGUGCUUGCAGGAGUGCUAGGACAGAGGCAAUGGCAAUUCGACGUCUAUUCCAAGGACGUGGAAUUGGCCAAUAAAAUGGAGAGCAGCGGCCUGGCAGGGAGAGUACACAUUUCUGAUUCCACAUUAUCUUUCCUGAGCGGUGAAUUUGAAGUUGAGCCUGGGUUUGGAGAAAAAAGAGAUGAAUCAUUGAGAACAGCAGGACUUAAGACAUAUUUCAUAGUGAGAGUACUCAAACCAUUUCAACCAAUCACCCAAGAAAUUCAAAAUGGUAGCAGCAUUCAGCCAGAAGAAGAUAGUUGUGUCAUUACUGAAAUAGGCUCGGAAACCAAAGAAGAAGAAGCAGCACAUGAUCGUAGUAAUGGCAGAUCACGUCAAGAUUCUGCAGAUUUCAAAAUAAGACUAAGAAAGGAAUUGGUCAGCAGGGAUGGACAUAAGGAACUGUCGAAAAACACGAAACUGCUGAAUCUGGCAUUCAUAGAUCCUCAGAAAGAAAAAUCGUACCACCGACACAUAGAGUCAUUUUCCAGCUUCACAUUACUCAUGUUUUUGAUAGUUAGGUUGGCUGUAGGAGCUACGAUAGUUAUAGUAUUACCAAGUGAUUUAACAAUAGACAUCACCUAUUGCAUUGAGAACAUUGUGUUCUUCAUAUUGAUAAUGGUAGCUAUAGCUGAGGAAUUUCCAGGAUUGUCGAAAUGUUGGAAGACGUUUAAGGAAUCUAUGAUGAUGCGACGAAUAUUAUCAACCAGUUGUAUCGUACUCAUAGGCACUGUGAACAUUCUAGAUUCAGUUUCUUGUGUCCACCUGAAGAAACACUCGGAAAAUUGUUCAACAACCAUGGAUCUUGACGCGUCUUGUCUGUACCCUUCAUACUUCAGCAACUUCACCGUUCUAAUUCUAAUUGCAUCUUCAUUGCCUGCCUGUCUCUCCUAUUUGUGGAAGAGUUUUCUCAUGCUAUUGAUAGCUGGAGCUCAGUGCAUAGUUAACAUCUUCAUCCUUGCCUCAGACUUAGACUGUGAAGAGCUCAUGAAGCACUGGACUAGUUUGACAAAAGGCAAAUAUUCUCUGUCUGGACUCCUAUUGACCGCUACUUUGGCAUUAGCUUUUCUGGCAAGGCACAUGGAGAAAGUUGCAAGAGUGCUUUUUCUUUGGAGAUGUGAAGUAGAGGAGCAAAGGGAUUGUGCUGAGGAUAUGAGACGAAGAAAUGAAGCGUUGGUUUACAAUAUUCUACCUCCACAUGUGGCAGCUCAUUUCAUGGGGAAUAGAAAGAGAAAGCAUGACGAGUUGUAUUCACAAAGUUAUGCGGAGGUCGGGGUACUUUUUGCUUCCAUGCCAAAUUUUUCAGAUUUCUAUUCAGAAGAAACAGUGAACAAUCAAGGCUUGGAGUGCCUGAGGUUUCUGAACGAAGUGAUAUCAGAUUUCGAUGCACUCUUAGAAUUGCCACAAUUCCAAGAUGUAAUCAAAAUAAAGACGAUAGGGUCAACUUACAUGGCAGCCAGUGGCCUAAAUCCAACAAGACAAAUCAAGCCUGAAGAUCCGAUCUCGAUAAGAUGGUCGCAUUUGGCUCUAUUGGUUGAUUUUGCUCUGGAGCUGAUGAAAGCGCUUCAAAGUAUCAACGAACAAUCAUUCAACCAUUUCGUAUUGAAGCUAGGUAUAAAUCACGGGCCUAUAACAGCUGGUGUCAUUGGCGCCAGAAAACCACACUAUGACAUCUGGGGUAAUACUGUAAAUGUAGCUUCCAGAAUGGAAAGUACUGGUAAAGCUGGAUGCAUUCAGGUCACCGAAGAAACCUGCGAAAUACUUCAACAUUUCGGCUACCACUUCGAGCAGCGCGGUCUGGUGACAGUUAAAGGAAAAGGCCAGCUCAUGACCUACUACCUGGGUAAAGCAGGCAAGACAACCACUCCAAAUGAGCCAGUAUCGCCAAUCAUGGGCGUGUCCUACAUGGAGACUGUCAAUGAGGAGGACGAGUCCCACGACAGUCCAACUUCGAAGUCUGAUGAGAAGACUGUCAUCGAAUGCUCCGAAAAGAUGGACGACGACGUUUUCGCUUCCGAAACAGAGAUGGCGCCCGAUCAGGUGCUAUUGACGAAGGAGGUGGAGCCAAAGGACUCUACGGAGUCGACUCUGUUGCUCAGCCAGGUCGAUACGUAGAAAUAUCGAUAAAGAUAUCAGUGUUUCAGACAGGUGUCUGGAUCUUUGCUUAUAUACUCCUUGAGGAGUGAUAGUUAUAUUGAUUAGAAGAUCGAUAUUUUGACUUUGUUCACGUGGAUUUAGCUUUCAGCAAAUUAAUGAGUUUCUACUUGAAUUGUUGAAGUGUUUCUGUUUCAUUGCGCUUGUACAGAUGCAUGUAAUGAUAUAGGCUUUGAUACAGCUCUACCUUAGUGUCACAAUUAUUUUACCUAAAUUCUAGUAUGACAAUAACAAAAUAGUGGCUCUCGUUACUCGAAAAAGUUCUACAAUAAUUUCAAUUUAUAGAUAUAGAUGAAAAAUGCGAACAAUCAUUAUGAUCUAUCUACUACCAUACAUUAGAUCACACUGUUGUAGUAUAUCGAUGUAAAUAUUAUAUGAUUUUCGUUCUACGGAUGAAGAAUUGUUUGAGAUGUACAUAUUAUAUGUAUGGCAGACAGGUACUGAAUAUUGCAGAAUGUUUUUGUAUGUAGAUAUUACUCUUUUAUAUUAUUUUUAUACCUCUCGCAAAGCAUGGUUCAAGUGAAUGUAUAAUUUUCUUGAUAAUGGACGUAGAAGCUAAAUAACUUCAUUACGUUUUAUCUCUACACAGUAAAUGUUUAGACUAUGUAACAAUGAGUAUAACAAUCAUUAAUGUAUAGUGUUUAGCAUAGCAUUUUUUUCUUCAGAUCCAAUUUUUGAAUCCAUAUAACCAAAAAUAUAUUUUAACAUGCUGAGUUAAUGAAACUGAAAUCUUUUUGACAUAUCGAAAAUGUACCUAAAAUGAGGCAGGGUUGUUUGUUUGAAUGUAACAUGAUCACUAAUGGAGAAUCAAUGUCAAUUCUCGAUUUGAAUUUUAAUUCAUUUUGCAGCUUGAGAAGCAUACAUUAAUGUAAAAUAUCACGAAAUAAUUGUUAGUAAGGCCUAAAUAUUUUUGUAAGAUAUAUAAUUUGUUAGAUGAGAUGUCAAAGACAAUUAGGUUUGCUGAAGUGUUAUUGUUUAUAUUUAAAUUCAUGAAAACAACUCAUGAUUUAAUUGACCAUUCCAUUCGAUGUGUUUUUGUUGGAAUAAUCUUAAUAAAACUGUAGCUUUUAUUAAAUGAAAUUGAUGGAAAAUAAAAUUCAUGAGACA